CUUUUUAUUAAGUUCCCUCCUUAUCUGCUUUUCUGUCUGACAUAACAAUGGCAACGCAAUCUUAUCUUCUGAAUCUGAACUCUUUUCAUGUGGGAAUCAGAGGAGUUCAACCUUCAAUUUUCAAGCCAAGAAAUUUUGGCUUGGGCGUCUGGAAAAGUUCAAAGUAUCCUACUAAAAGAAAUGUCAAUGGUAGUUCUCGAGUCAUGCAAUGUUGCUCAUGUUACCCGGAAAUUGGAGCUUCAGCAGACAUAGCAAUAUUCUCAAUAUUGGAUGCAGCUACUACACAGAAGCCUCUUGAUUCAGAUGUUGGCUUGAAUGCUCUCAAGCUCAGCAUACCGGAAACAUCACACGCUACCACAAAUUUCAUGACAAGGUUGGUUGCUGCUGAUCUUGAUCCUGGUACUGCAAAGUUAGCAAUUGGGUUUCUAGGUCCCUUCCUCUCAGUGUUUGGUUUUCUCUUUAUCUUGAGAAUAGUUAUGUCCUGGUACCCAAAACUCCCGGUGGGAAAAUUUCCAUAUGUAAUAGCUUAUGCUCCCACUGAGCCACUUCUCAUUCCUACCCGCAAAGUGAUUCCUCCUCUUGCUGGUGUGGACGUUACUCCUGUCGUCUGGUUUGGAUUGAUCAGUUUUCUUAACGAAAUAUUAGUAGGUCCACAAGGAUUACUAGUUCUCCUUUCUCAACAAGUCAAUUAGCUUACAUUUUUGGAAUUUGUGAAUGACAUAAUUUUCUAUCCAAUCUUGUUCGAUGUAUACAAAAUUACAUGGGUAUAUAUUGCACAUGUAUUAAAUACUAACAUCUAACACACUAUAUAUGAAUCAAUUUACACUGGCGCACAUUGGUU